ACCGCGCGAUAUGGACCUCCUCAAGCCGAGCAGCAGCACCUUGCUCGAAGCUCGCAGUCGCCUAGCGGCUAGCCUUAGGCUUACCACCCCCGCUGCCAUUUCCCGAGAUGCAGCUCGCAAAAUUCGCGAGGUCCUAGCCACCAAGUCACCCAAUGAAGCUAGAUCUGAAGUCGCCUCCGUCCUGAGCAACCUCCGUCUGCUACAACUCCCCAAACCAUCAAACCGACCUCAAUCACCUAUCCAACGCCUCCGUCUCCCUCUUCACGCCAAGCUCCAUGCCAUGUUGCGCCUCGGUGACCUGGAGGGCACCAGGGUGUCACUUAACACGAUGAUGAAAUAUGGUUACCCCAUUCAUUUCAGAUCAGCCUCGAUCGCCUUCUCAGCACUCGCCGACCACGCCCACAAGCACUCGUACUGCUUACACGAGUUCCGGAACGAGCCGGGGUGGACGCCACCACCGAGGAGGAAGGGGCCAAUCUUCUCGGUGUUGCGGUAUAUGCAAACUGUCAGGGAAUUUUUCCCAAAGAAGCAUACAAGCUUUAUGAGGGAGUUAGUGGCGAAGAGGUACUUGGUACUCGCGGCGAGGAUAUUUUACGACGUCAUGCAGCAGGACGCACCCAGGAUGAGAGAAGGUGAUGUCGAGGUCUUCAUUGCGCUCAUGAGUGUUGCCGGAACGAAGGCCAGAUCUCCGGUUGAGCAGGACAGGAUCUCUGGGGAGUAUACGUUCGCUAUAUUGGCGCAUAUGCUGGACCAGGGCAAGUUGCCGUUAUCGAGGCUUGACAGGGUUAUCCGCACGUUAUUCGAGUUCGCGUAUUCGGAGGGAGGAAGUGUGGCGGGGGUCAAGACGUACUGCCGGGGCGUGCUCAAAUCGUACGUGGAUAAACUGGGGCAGAGCCCCAUACCGUUGCGUGCUUGGCCGGACGCAAGAACCUCAAGGACGCUCUUGCACUGCAUUGCUGAUCAUUGGAAGGACCCUGCGGCUGUCUGGACGGUUAUCCGCCACGUGGGGCUGUGGAAGGACACCGUGACAUUGCCUUACGAGGUGUUUACGGAGGUGUUGUGCAAGAAACUGACCGGAGGCAGCCUUGAUCAAAAAUUUGUGGAGGAAUUUAGGGAGUAUAUGCCUGGCAGGGUGGUUGUUCGACCAGACGGGAAGAAGGUUGUCCAAAGGACGCUCAAAGAUGCCUCGGGAACGGCUCGUGUUCGGAUAAUACCUUAUGCUGUGUUUGUGCGGACUCACCCUGAGUUCGUGCAGUACCUUGUAGAGGGACCUUAGUUUGUAUGAUGUGACGCUCUAGCGCAACGACGGAUAUCA